AUGGAGGUAUCAAUUAGAAUAGCACAGAACAAUGAAAACGAUAAUGAUAUAAACAAUGACAAUUUAGCAUCAGAAGUUGAUCCUAUCAAUCCAAACAAUCAUAUCAAUAAUAAUGAUAUAUCAUCAAACAAUGACAACAUAAACAACAAUAACAACAACAACAGUAGUAGUAGUAGUAGUAGUGUCGGAACUAAUAUAACAAACAACUUACAAACACUAUUUGGAAGUCAAACAUCAUCCUCUGGAGGUUCAUUUCCUUCAUUAAACUCUUUGAUAUCUUCAUUUCAUAAUAACAAUGGGUUAAACAAUAACAAUAGCAAUAACAAUAAUAAUAGCAAUAAUAAUAAUAAUAAUAGUAAUGUAAAUAUUCAAACUUUAAGACAACUUUUAAGUAAUCGUGGAAGAAACUUACUUAACCAACAACCAACUGAUAUUGAUUUUAAUAACAAUCAUAAUAAUAAUAAUAUUUCAAUGGAUGAUAACUCUGAUAUUGCAAUCAAUAUAAAUAAUCUUCAUCAAAACAGACAAACAAAUGUAGAUGACGACUCAACCAAUAAUGUAAACGACCCAAACAAUAAUACAACAAAUAAUCCAACAACCACAACUACGACCACAACCACAACUAGAUUGGAUCUACCUUCACUGAUGAAAUGGCUAGAACAAAGCUUUCCUUUUAUCACUAUACUAUUUAUAGUAUUCCUCUAUAAACAUCGACAUUCUAUUCUUGUCUUUAUUUGGCAACAAAUCAUAUUUAUUCAAUCCAAUCAAACUCUUAAAACCCAAGUAGCUCUAAAGGAUAAAAGAAAUUUGGGUGUAUUAUUUUGGUUGGUUUUAUUAUUAUCUGGUAAUAUAUUGAUGACCUACCUAUUCUAUUCUUCAAGUGAAUUAUGGAAAGUAUUGAUCCUAUUAUCACCAACAAUCAAUAUCGAUAUUUACAAUGCAUUUUGGGUUACCAUUUUAAAUGAUUUUAUUGCUAGAUUUAUUACAAUGAUAUUAAAAUCUAUAUGUAUUAUGUUGGUUGGACAAAGACCACCAUUUAAACGAAGAGCGCAGUUGUACACUGUAAUUGAAGUUACAUCGCACCUUUACAGAACUUUACUUCCCAUUGGUAUUUGGUUCAAAUAUUUGAAUUCAUUGCAUUCUGAAGGGGAGAGUAUAUUUGGGUCAUUGAUGGUAGGACUUUAUUUUACAUUCAAGUUGACAUCUGUCGUCGAAAAGAGUAAACAAUGGUUCCAAACAGCAAAGGCUUAUAUCCUCCGAGAGGUAGUUUAUGGACGUAUUGCAACUUCUGCACAGAUGUUGGCAGCAGGCGAUCUUUGUUCCAUUUGCCAAGAAACAAUGGAUUCACCAAUUGUACUCUGUUGUGAUCAUAUAUUUUGCGAAGAAUGUAUAUCACAGUGGCUGGAUUCUCAAAGAACAUGCCCUCUUUGUCGUUCUGCCAUUCCUGGUCCAAAGACUUGCCAUUCCGAUGGAACAACAAGUUUACUAUUACAAAUUUUUUAA